AUGUCUGAAUUCGACAAAUACACCACGCCUCUAUCUUCCCGUUAUGCGUCGGAAGAAAUGUCCUCAAUCUUUUCGUUGAGAAACAGAUUUUCGACGUGGAGAAAACUUUGGUUGAACCUAGCCAUUGCUGAAAAGGAACUAGGGCUGUCCGUUGUCACGGACGAGGCUAUCCAGCAGAUGGGAGACCACUUGAAAAUCACAGACGAGGAAAUCAAGGAGGCUUCGAAACAGGAAGCCAUUGUGAGACACGACGUGAUGGCGCACGUGCACGCUUUUGGCCAAACCUGUCCUUCAGCUGCUGGCAUUAUCCACUUGGGCGCCACGUCUUGUUUCGUCACCGAUAACGCGGAUUUGAUCUUUUUGAGAGACGCCUAUGACGUUUUGAUUCCUAAGCUUGUCAACGUCAUCGACAGAUUGGCCAAAUUCGCCGUUGAAUGGAAGGAUCUGCCUGUGCUCGGAUGGACCCAUUUCCAGCCAGCCCAAUUGACCACUUUGGGUAAGAGAGUGACUCUUUGGAUCCAGGAGCUCUUGUGGGAUCUCAGAAACUUUGUCAGAGCCAGAAACGAUUUGGGUCUGCGUGGUGUGAAGGGUACCACCGGUACCCAAGGGUCGUUCUUGGCCUUGUUCCACGGUGAUCACGACAAAGUCGAAGCUUUGGACAAGAGAGUCACCGAGCUGCUAGGCUUCGACACCGUGUACCCAGUCACAGGUCAAACCUACUCCAGAAAGAUCGAUAUCGAUGUGUUGGCUCCUUUGUCGUCCUUCGCUGCCACAGCUCACAAAAUGGCUACCGAUAUCAGAUUGUUGGCUAAUUUGAAGGAGAUCGAGGAACCAUUUGAGAAAUCCCAAAUUGGAUCCUCUGCCAUGGCUUACAAGAGAAAUCCAAUGCGUUGUGAACGUGUCUGCUCUUUGGCCAGACAUUUAGGGUCCUUGUUCAGCGAUGCCGUUCAGACCGCAUCUGUUCAAUGGUUUGAGAGAACUUUGGACGACUCCGCUAUCAGAAGAAUCUCCCUACCAAGCGCCUUCUUGACUGCCGACAUUUUGUUGUCCACUUUGUUGAACAUCUCGUCUGGUUUGGUUGUUUACCCUAAGGUCAUUGAAAGAAGAAUCAAGAGUGAACUUCCAUUCAUGGCCACUGAAAACAUCAUCAUGGCCAUGGUAGGCAAGGGAGCUUCUAGACAAGAAGUUCAUGAGGCAAUCCGUGUCUUGUCGCACCAAGCUGCCGCUGUCGUGAAGGAACAAGGUGGUGACAACGACUUGAUCGAGCGUAUCCAGAAAGACGAAUUUUUCCAACCUAUCUGGGCUGAACUGGACUCUUUGCUCGAGCCCUCCACCUUUGUCGGCAGAGCUCCAGAGCAAGUGGCCAAGUUCGUUGGCGUUGACGUCAAAACUGCUCUUGCCCCAUUCCAGGACAAAAUCUCAGAUGAGCAAGUCAAGCUAAGCGUGUAA